UUUCCUCCCAUCCCAACGUCCAUUUCUAAGCUACAUUCAAAAUGCUCUCCCUACGCACACUUACUCGCACAGUGCCUCGCACUUUCUCGCGAUCAAUUGCUACCUCCUCCAGAUCCGCCAUUCUCCGCCCCAUCUCAAACCUCCCCAAGACUAGCUUCAUCCAGCCCUCAUUGAAGCAGGCCAUUAGACCAUCCCAAGCCGCUUUUUCGACGUGCAAGGCAUUCAGGCAAGCUGAAGGCGAUGCUGAGCUUGCUGCCAAGCUCGAGGACGAACUUAAGCACGAGAAGUCCUCCGGCCUUGAGGACUUGGAAUCCUCUGUCCAGAACAUCCAAUAUGUUCUUCAGAAUAACUCCUGGGAGGUCAAGGAUGUUCCUGGAGAACAGGAAGUUGUUCUGACAAAGAAGUUCAAUGAUGAGGAAAUUCGCCUUACAUUCACUGUUGCGGAUCUUCAGAACCUGAGCGAGCAUGAGGAUUUGGAUGCUCUCGAUGAGCUGGACUAUCAGGGCCACCAGCCCGUGAACCAGGGCGGUGCUGGCGGCUUCGCCCAGCAUCCCGAGGACAGCGUCUCUCCCGCUGACCGUGGUGAACAGGACCUGGAGCCUAGCUUCCCUGCUCGUGUUAAUGUCACUAUCGAAAAGUCCGGCAAGGGCGCCCUGCUCAUCCAGACCGUUGCCCAGGACGGCUUGUUCCAGGUUGAGGAAGUUUCUUACUUCUCCAAGCCUGACUUGGCUCACGCUGCUACCGCUGAGAAGGAUUGGGCCAGACAGAGCCUGUACGCCGGCCCUCCAUUUGAGAACCUGGAUGAGGACUUGCAGACCUACCUCGAGCGAUACCUUGAGGAGCGCGGCAUCAACGCCGAGCUCGCCAACAUGAUUCCCGACUACAUCCAGGUUAAGGAGCAGAAGGAGUACGUCCGCUGGCUCGAGAAUGUCCGCAACUUCGUUGCCGCCUAAAGCACACGAAUCACGUAUAUCUAGCCUCUGUAUACCUACCAACUCAUUGUUGUUCGCCCAGCGAACGUUCUGCUUUUGCCCUUAUCUCUGUCUAGUUUUCUGGAAGUGAUCAGGAUGGACAUGUAUUAAUAUAGAAAUGAAUUAGGAAUCUUAUUGUAAUCAUGCC